ACAUCUAUAACGUCACUUCCUGUACAGUGUAGCCAAACACUGCUAAAUCGUGAAUAGAAGAAAAAUCACAAAAUACUCUUUUGAGGAAAAAAAAGUGUGUUUACAGGUCCUCCCACACGCAUUGUUCAUUCAACCAACGUGGUCUUUCAAGGAAGGAUUAUCGACACUGUCUCCCGUUUAGUAUCAGGUACAUGAUGAAGGGUCCAGACCCAGACACAGAGGUUGUGGAGGAGAACAGUUCAUCACCUGUAGAUGCUAACAAUGAAGAAAUCCCACCAUACCUCCGGGAAGAGCCACCUGAAGACCUGGAGAAAGACCACCCGAAGACGGAGGCUGGCGUGAUCUGGCGGGUGACGGGCGGCCUCUUCAACAUGACCAGGGGCGCGGUGGGCGCCACGCUGGGCGGAGUGGCCUGGGUGGGCUGCAAGAGCUACGAGCUCACCAAGACGGCCGUCACCAGCGUGCCCGCCGCCGGCGUGGGCCUGGUCAAGGGCAGCGUGUCCGUGGUGACCGGAGGGGUGGGCGCGGUGGGCUCGGCAGUGGCGAGUAAAGUCACACCAAAGAAAAAGGACAAGUCUGAUUAAAGUCCAAACCAAUCAGUCCAACUGCCCACUCCAGACCAGAGAUCCCUCUCACCGACCCCACCUCUCUCUCAACAGCCUCUGUCUGCUUCUGUGUCUGCCCCUUCAAUCGAUCAACAAGACAGAUGUUUUCUUACAAAAAGAGUAAGACCGUUUUAUUGCAAACAAUCUGUUACCGAGGUACUUGUGACAGUAGCAAUUUAAUUUUGUCAUUUACUUUAGAUUUAGUUGUGUUUUCUCUUUUUUUCUCUUCUGGGAGAAGGCUGUGUCUUGAUGUGUGCAAGCAAUGUAGGGUUGAGUGUAGGUGCUUUUGCCUUUGUUGCUAAAUGUAGACAUUUGUAGACAUUCAAGCUGAUUUUGGUCAAACAACACUCAGUGUCAAUGCUGAGCUUAACGCUUAUGUUGCAAUGAAUAAAAAGCUAAGCUGUACAUUCAGCCUUAGUUUCACAGAUGUCCAUUGGUCCAACGUAUAUACAUGUGUAGUAGUGUGAAUUAUCCAUCGUAUUAUUACAAACUUUGUGCAAUCAAAUGCUCGCUAGUAUUUCCAAUUCAAAUUCAAACGUGUUUGGGAUCUAUGCUGUUUUUGUUUUGGGGGAAGCAUUUUUCUUCUUUUCAGGAUGUGUUUGGGAACAGGAGAGAGAAUUUUCCAAGAGGGAGAUCUUUCACAUGCUUACACAUAACUGCCCCACUGCAGAAUGAAUGAAUGAAUGAAUGAACGGUGUUAUUAAUUCCAUUUGUCAUUUUAACGAUGAACAUUGAAAUGUUGACUCCAAGACCACACAUGUCCGUCAGUCUUGUAUGUCUGUUGUUCAUUGAAUUCCAGCCUCAAAAUCAGGCAUUUGAUUCCAUGUUAGGGAGGUUCAGAGGAUGCAACAUUUGGUGUGAAUAAAAAUGUUAUUUUUUCUUUCAUGUAAGAUCAGUGGACUGUGUCUAGUAUUUCUUCUACUUUUGCUGUUUGUCAAGUUCAGUUUAUCGGGGCCUCGGCUUCUCUGUGCAACAUCCAGAAGUCUUUGUCAGCACAACUGUUAUGUCAUCAUGAAAACAAAUUGAAAGCCACAGGAUGUGAGGACACACUUAGCCCUGGCAUUUUCUGCUCUUGAUUUAAAUGUACAUCCAUGUGCCUCAGCUCUUAAGGAAAUAAAUGAUUUGUAGCCACUUAUGCCCUUUAAAAAAUGGAACAUUCCUUGUUAUAGUGCCACUGCUGUGUACGUUUUGUUCCAAUCUCAGUAUUCUGUUUCGUCAAUAGAAAAAUCUUUUCAGACAAAAGAUUACUCACAAAAAACACUAAGCUGUUAUCUCUGCAAAGUCCUUUUCCUGAUUUUUCGUAUUUCAAAGGUGUUUAGUUUUUGAAGCAAAUUGCCCAGGACAAACCAUCCAUGUACAUCUUGUUUUGUUUGUGUGUUCAUAUAUGAUUAUCCUAUAUAAGUCCCCAACCUUUUUUGCAGUGUGUUAUUUGAGCUUGAGAACAGUGUCUUCUACACACAGUGUACUGUUUAAGUUAUUAUAAAUCUGUUUCAUUUUUUUAUGCUUUUUUUUCUUUGUCUUUUUACGUGCUCAUCUGCAUUAUGUAUUUCUGAUAGGAUGCUUAUGUCUUGGAAACUCUGUUACGAUAAACUGGACUUUAAAGACCAGGUAGAUUUUGUCUAUUAUAGAACUAUUUUUGCUAAAUCUGCUGUAUUCUAUAAAUAAAGCAACUCUGUAUUUUAAAAUGAUGUGCCCUGGGUUUUUUUUUUGUUUGUUUUUGUUGUUUUUGUUGUUUUUUGCUGACCUAUUAAAAGGCUGAUCACUUUAUUUGAGUAUUCACCUUUAGACACAACAAAGCCAAUAAAAGAUGUCUAAACUGA